CCAGAUUUGAAAAUGGCGGCCUCGGUGUUUCCCGGCGUCAGGCUCCUGUCCAUCGGAGACGCGAAUGGAGACAUACAGCGACACUCGGAACAGCAGCCUCUGCGGUUGGAAGUCAAAACUACACAAGAUGCUGCGUUAAUCAACCUAUCAAAUGAAGAGGCAAGUGUUUUCAAGUGUUCGGUUUCUCGGGAGACGGAGUGCAGCAGAGUGGGCAAGCAGUCGUUCAUCAUCACGCUGGGCUGCAACAGCGUCCUGAUUCAAUUCUCCUCACCUGGAGACUUUCAGUCCUUUUAUAACCUCUUGAAGAACUGUCGUGGGCAUCUUAGUGAGCACUCGGUCUUCAGCGACAGAACAGAGGAAUCAUCUGCUGUGCAGUACUUCCAGUUUUAUGGCUACCUCUCACAACAACAAAACAUGAUGCAGGACUACGUGCGUACAGGGACCUACCAACGGGCUAUUUUGCAGAACCACACUGACUUCAAGGACAAGAUUGUGCUCGAUGUUGGCUGUGGUUCUGGGAUACUAUCUUUUUUUGCCGCCCAGGCUGGAGCCAGAAAGGUUUAUGCUGUGGAGGCAAGCACAAUGGCUCAGCACGCUGAGGUGCUGGUUAACAGUAAUCGUCUUGGAGAGCAUGUAAUUGUUAUCCCAGGAAAGGUGGAGGAGGUGACACUCCCUGAACAGGUUGACAUCAUCAUAUCGGAGCCCAUGGGCUACAUGCUGUUCAAUGAGCGCAUGCUGGAGAGCUACUUGCAUGCCAAGAAGUUCCUCAAACCGAAUGGUAAAAUGUUUCCCACUCUUGGGGAUGUCCACCUUGCCCCCUUCACAGACGAACAGCUGUACAUGGAGCAAUUCACAAAAGCCAACUUCUGGUACCAGCCUUCCUUCCACGGUGUAGACCUCUCUGCCUUGCGGGCAGCAGCAGUCGAUGAGUAUUUCCGCCAGCCAAUUGUGGACACAUUUGAUAUCCGUAUCUUGAUGGCAAAGUCAGUGAAAUACACAGUCAACUUCCUAGAGGCCAAAGAGGAGGAUCUUUACAGGAUAGAGAUCCCAUUUAAGUUCCACAUGUUGCACUCAGGUCUUGUGCAUGGUCUGGCUUUCUGGUUUGAUGUGGCAUUUAUGGGAUCAGCUAUGACAGUAUGGCUGUCUACUGCACCUACAGAGCCUCUUACCCACUGGUACCAGGUACGCUGUUUGCUGCAGUCUCCUCUUUUCACCAAGGCUGGGGAUACACUGUCCGGCACCGCAAUACUAGUGGCCAACAAACGACAAAGUUACGACAUCAGUAUUGUUGCCCAGGUGGACCAGACUGGUUCAAAGUCCAGUAACCUAUUGGAUUUAAAGAACCCCUUUUUCAGGUACACAGGUACAAACCCCAACCCGCCUCCUGGGUCACAUUACAACUCCCCAUCAGAGAAUAUCUGGAACACAGGUGUAGGCUACGGCAUGAAUCAAGGGAUGCCUUCAGGAAUGCCGGCAGCUUAUGACCUGAGCACAGUCAUCGGCAGUGGCCCAUCAGUCUCUCACAACAACCUUAUCCCUCUAGUCAACACAGGUAUUGUGAACCACACCCACUCCAGGAUGGGCUCCAUCAUGAGCACAGGAAUUGUCCAGGGAGCCACAGCAGGCCAGUCAGGUCCCAGUAGCAGUGGUAAUUACUAUCCGGUCACCAACCAGUUCACCAUGGGGGGUGCUGCAAUCUCUAUGGCAUCUCCAAUGGUCAUACCUAGCAACACCAUGCAUUAUGGCAGUUAGGAUGAAGACUUUGCAAAGACCCCUUUAACUCGCCCACCUCUGCAUGACAAACAAUUGCCUGUAAAAAAAACAAACAAAAAACUUAGCCCUCACCUGUCCUAAGCCGUAAUUGAUCCAUGGACCAUAGCCAAUACCAAAACCAGUGCUCUCUUGGCACUCCUCUCCUUGUUUAAACAUCUUAAUUAUAUUUUGUCUAUCAAUUAUUGUACAUUCAAGCACUCAUAUCCGUCCAGACUCAUUGUAACAAUGGCUAAAACGUCCUUGUUUUUACGAAUCCUAAGGGCCGUUGCACACUGAUGCACUGUUUAGGUGCAGCAUUUGUAUUCUCUCCACCUCAUGCCAUCCAGCGCAACAAUUUCUCCUUAUUGUCACAACUUGCUUCUUGUUUCUCUCGUGAUCAUGGUUAUCAGAAGUGAAUUCAACACCAGCUGCUGGAGGCGGUUCUUUAUUGCAUCAUGAGCUACACUCGGCCUUUAAUAGUAUCACAUCAUCUAAGCCACGACAGACUGGCCCCACCGCCUCUGUAUAUGCGUAUACAUGGCAAGGUAUUCCGCAGUAUACACAAUUCUUCUUUAAUAAUUCAAUGAAUUAUUUACUGCCCAUCACCCAAUGUUCGGUUACCCUUGUGUUUAAAUUUGCAAUCCUUGAUAAAGUCAUGAUGUACCCCACAAUACCUUAGACGUUGCUAAACGUCUACGCUGAGCCAUGACAUAAAUAUGCACCUACUAUUGUCGUUUGUUUGCUGUAGAUUGUGUUCCAGCUCUUCAUUCUUAGCUUUAGCAUGCACUCCCGUUGACUGAAUGCAGGCUCCAUGCAAGGAUGUUGAUUUAAGGGAUUAAAAUCCCUGUUUGCAAUAUCCUGUCCUGCUUCAAAGGGUUAUAAUUUGUAAUUAUUGUACUUUUUACAGAAGUUUGUAAUUUCGAUCCAUUGUCGGUGAAAAAGUAUUGAGACACUCGGGAUUUCUCAAACCACCCCAACGCGUGGUUUGUCUUUAUAGGGCUUCAUUCAUCACAGAUGGAUGUGGUGUCACAGUGUGGUCUCCAAAAAUCCUGUUGCUACGUUGGUUUGACUACGAGCAAAAAAAAUAAAGUGAAGCUUUACUCAGCA